GCUGGAAGCUUGAAUUCAGGGAAACUUAAAAUCAAUACUCUCUGCAAGCUACGGUUAGAUAAAACACCAAAUGUGCGUUAUAAUUUGCCGCAAAGACAAGAAAUCGAAUAAAGUUCUAUAAAUAUAAUACUUUACAUAGUAUGAAAGAUAAAUUGCGUCUGUUUCAUUUUUACUAUAUUUGUCAUUGGAUUGUAAGGUUGAAUUGUAAUGCACAGAGUUUGCAAAUGUUGACUGGUAAAUGAUGUAAGAUUUACAUAUAUCAGUGAAAUGGAGGUCUUAAAUUCAUUUUUGAUACGCCUAAAAUUAUGGAAUUGCACUUAACGUCUAGAAUGGGCACGUGACAUAUUUCUCUUAUCGCCAUGACACCGAUGAUGUCGCAAAUGGAGGAGUUGGAUAGAGGAUGGUCAUGGGUUGUACUCAUUUCAUCAUUCGGAUAUUUUAUGAUAUUCGGACUGUUUUUGUACGGUAUUGGAAUGGUUCACGCUGUUUUACUGGAUGAAUUCUCUGGAAAGUCGGCCUCAACAGCCUGGGCUGGAAGUUUGUAUGCAGCCUUGGUGUCCUUAGGAGGUCCAGUUUCUAGUAUCAUCAUCGACAAGUUUAGCUGCAGAUCCGCCAUGUUUAUAGAUGGGCUCCUUACCACCGUCGGUUGCCUAGCCACGGCAUUCAGUCCGAACUUAACCUUGUCUAUCUUCACAUAUGGAAUAUUAGCUGGGUUUGGUGGCGGUAUUGGCUACACGGCGACAAUGGUUGUGGUUGGAUUCAACUUCCGGCGAUGGAGGAACACUGCUCUUGGUAUCGCAGUAUCAGGCGUCGGUGUAGGCACUUGUAUUCUUACGCCUGUUAUGGAAGUGCUACGUGACUUCUAUGGCAACGCAGGAUAUUUUAUAAUAAUGGCUGGAAUUGGAUUUCACAAAUGUCUUUUUGCUGUGUUAUGUAAACCUUCAAGAUUAGAAUUAGCCAGACAAGAUUCUAUACAGACAGAAGACGAAGAAAAAAUUACCAAACGACAGCUUAUGAAACACUAUGCAAAGGUGUAUACUAAUAAACUAAUCGUCUGUUUCUCGCUCAGUUUGAUGUUGUUUAGUAUAGGAACAUAUAUGAUAUUUUUACAUCUGCCGCAUUUUACAAUGACUAAAGGGCACAGUCAUCUAGCUGCAACUGCUCUAAUUUCAUCUUGCGGGUUUGCGACAAUCGUAGCACGGGUGAUGACGUCAAUGAUAUCAGAGACUAAGAAUAUCGACGAAGUAGUUCUAUAUUCAGGAUCAUUCGGCUCACUAGCACUAGGAACUUUUUUAUUUCCCCUUUAUUCUCGGACAUAUACGGGUUUAGUUGUAUAUUCUCUUUUAUUGGGUGCCUAUUUUGGCGGGUGCUAUGCAGUAAUGAACAGUAUAAAUAUUAAAUUAGUAGGAAUCAAGUAUUUAUCAAUAGCCACUGGUAUGGAGCUCAUUUUCUGUGCUGUUGGAACAGCCCUUGGACCUGUGAUAACUGGUUUGAUCGUGGACAAAGGUGGAACAUAUGAUCAUGCCUUUAUGAUAGCAGCUUUCAUUAUUUUAAUUGGUGCAGCACUUGGUAUGGCCACAGUAGUGUUUCAGCCAAACGGUGACUCUCCAAACCCUCCUGACGUGGACUUUGUUGUCACGAAUAACGGUGACGUCAUCAAUGAAACGUGCACCGCAUCUUCCAUGAUCGCUAGUAGCAACAGCAAACAAGGAAAACAAAGCAAUGUUGACAUGGAAGAAAAACAGGAUUCAGAAUGCCAAGAAUUCUCUGCGGAACAAAAGCUCACGUGUUCCGGAAGUGGUUGCCUGGCAGCAUCAAAUCAAAUUGGGUGUAACAAUUAUACUGAUUCAGAUUGUGAACCGUUGAAUUUUACCGAAGAAAUACAACGACUUUUGCAUGGGGAAGAGAUCAAAUUUAUAGAUGAAAAUGAUGAUUUGUGAUGUAGAUCUUAAUCUAGAUUUGUUUAUAAUACCAAGCAAUGAAAUACUUUUGAAAUUAUAGAAUAGUGAUAUAUAUUGAAGUUCAAAGAAACAAAGACAUUUAACGUACAGAAGUGUAUAGAGGCGAAAUAAUUCUCGUAACGAGAGGUGUUCAACAGUGUUAAAGACAUAUUUUUAAACAAUCAAGCAAAAUGACAAAAACAAACUAGAAAUAAAAAGCGUUACAAAAGUAGUAAAUCGUGGCCUUCAAUGGUCUUAUAAGAAUGAUGAAGUUUUCUUCGUCAAACUAGUAUGAAAUUAUAGCAAGCACUUUACAUCUUUAAACUUUGGACUAGUCCUUAAUGAAAUUAGUAAACACUUAACAACAAGUUUUGGACAAUUACGAAAGAGGUGUUUUCUUUGGCUUUCUAAAUAGUUGAGGCUAUAUAUAUGGGCAUGUAUUGCAAGAUCUAUUAGGAUUAUUGAGUAGAUUUAAUUGGUUGAUGUGAAAUAUUACGGAAGCAUCUAAAAGUUUCACGUCAUGUCAACUUGUUUCUUCUCGUUUUGACCAAAUACAUUCCAUGAAGACGUUAUGAUUAAUACGUAAUACAUAAAACAUUCCGUGAAGACGUAAUGAUUUAUACGUAAUACGUAGAAGUUUUUAAUCAUUGCAAAAAAAAAUUGUUGAGUUACGUGAGCUAUUUGUCAAUGCGAGUAACGUCUUUGCGUCUUACUUAAUAUUUCAGCAAAGUCGUGAAAUCAAGUAGUUUCGACAGGAUUUUUGUCGAAGAGACAAAAGCUUCAAGCAAAUCGACAAAAAUGCAGUUGCAAUGCCUAAAAGCUUCUCAUAUUUGUCAGUUAAUUUUAUUGAGAAAUGCAAAAACAUCUUAUCAAUGCGAAUAGAAAUAAGUUGACUUGGCGCAAAACAUCUCACCGACUGUAGGCCUAGAUACGCUUCCGUAGAAAUAUAUCUCACUGUGAAAAAUGAGAAAUUUAAGAUGAUUUUAGUAUCGUAUAACGUAAGUGUAAACAUAUAAUAAAAAAGAAGAUUCUGAAUGAAGAAAAAAGAUUCUAUAUUAUCAAUAUCACAUUAAUUCUUUAGAAGCAUCCAGUAUAAUAGUUUUUUAGAGUUUUUUUUUAGCUUUAUGUGAAAUACAUUGACUGAUAUUACUUUUAUCUCACUUUUAUAGUCCUAUAUUCCAUAAGUGAGCAAAUACAACAAAAACUGUUGCACAUGGAUUGAUUUAACAUAGCCGUGGUUUUAAUUUAUACGUAGAUACUAAUACUUAUCAUUACCGAAUUAUAUCAUGUAUAUUCUUAUCUAUUUAUGAUAUUUAUUUAUUUUUAGUUGUUAAUUUAUUACGGAAUAUAGAUCCAUGUACAUAAUAGUUUGUCUAGAAUUUAUCUACAUGUUUUAUAUUGAUUUAAUAUGUUCUACACAUACAUAGUUAAAAUAUUAAUAAGAGACGU